GUCCAUUUUUGUGCACAAUCUGAGCGCCAAUUAGGGAGAAUUUACUGCAUUCACAAGAAUGAAACAAAAAUAGGAGAAUCUUGUUCGAUGCGCUUAAUAAAUGACUCAAGAUCGGAAAUGUUAUUUACUUUUAAUCCUAAAAUUGUGAUUUAGACUUUUGUGGUUUUGUGUGUCUUUCGAUCAACAAUUAUAUUUGCUGACUGCUCGAGAUGCACGGAUCCAUCGUCCUUGGUUCUUUGAAACCCCUUGUCGAAGCAACUAGCCCCCGGAUACUCUUCACCGUCGGACUUUACGGACGCCGAGCUACCCUCGGGCUCCUAAGGGCAAACCUGCGAGUCUGCGACAGACGACUGAUUUCAAAAAAGCUCUGUUAUCGAGACAUAAAACACCAGUAUUGCACGGUCUAUCCUAUCUUAUAAUUUCAUCGUCCUAUUUCAUCUAUUGCGAAUCCUCUUGCGAAAUCAAAAUUGUCCACGCCAAGACAGAACAGCCUGUGAACCAGCCUUUACGUUGGAGACCGAAUCGUCAUAGCAACGGAUCGCUCGCCUUUGGUUUCAAACAAAUAGCACACCCCUAGCACAGCAGUCGUUUUAGUUAUUUCACGCCGAGCAUCAUGUCGAAGGAACUGAGCAUGGACACUGCCAAGAACAGCAUCAAUCAUACUUUACGCGCAAAGGAGGGAACGCGUGCGAGACUACGACGUCAACAUCUGCUUUAUCUGAUAGCUGAUUAUUUAGAAAAUCGGGGGUUCAUAAGAUCAGCUGCUACCAUUACAACGGAGGCUCAGUUAUCCAACAACGUGCACGUCUGUGACAACAUCAAUCUCGAGAUGAUCCUAAUCGAUUACGAGAAUUAUUAUGACAUGAGGUACAACAAGUUGCCUGUUUUGUGCAAGAACGCCGAGGCGGCUACUGCCGGAAAUACAAUGAGUCGAACGAACGUAGCCGAGAGCAACGGCAAGCAAAACGACGGUAAAAUUGGCAAGAAAAGCAAGUGGAAGCCGGAGGAGAAUUCUAACGAAGUGGUGUUCCCAUUGUUAGUGAAACAGAUAUUCGUCGAUCAACAGUCGAACAUAAAGCAACCAAGCGAAGCCGCGUUGCCAUCAAUGCACGAGACCAUCAGUGAUCUUUAUGGGGAUAACUCCGAAAUGCAAAAAAUAGCAGAAUCGAUCUCAAGGGAGAUUUUGGAAGGAAACUUGAACGUACUCUGGGACCACGUGAAAGGCUUAGAGGAAUGCAAAGAAACAAUUAAAGAGGCCAUUGUGUACCCCUUUAAGUAUCCAACGCUUUUCCGCGGUCAGUGGUCCUGGAAAGGCAUACUAAUGUACGGCCCACCGGGUACAGGAAAAACGAUGCUGGCCAGGGCAGCCGCAACCGAGUGCAGCUGUACAUUCUUCAACGUGUCAGCCAGCUCGUUGAUCAGCAAAUGGCGGGGGGACUCUGAAAAAUACGUUCGCGCUCUUUUCGAUCUCGCCUACGCACGAGCACCCACGAUUAUCUUUGUCGAUGAAAUUGACUGGAUAGCAACAAGUGCAGAUUGCUCAUCCGAACCAGCUAGGAGAUUUCGAGCAGAACUGCUCGCCAGGAUGGACGGAUUGAUGACCACCGAUGACCGUAAUGUUGUACUGUUGGCUGCCACUAAUGUGCCGUGGAAUCUAGAUGCAGCACUGCUGAGACGUAUAGAUAGAAGCAUUUCCGUACACAUGCCUAAUAGCAAGAUCAUACUCGACAUGCUCAAGACUUACACUUCGUCGGUGAUAGAUGAACAGAAGUUGCGGGACUUUGUAGAUAGAAAGUUAUGUAAUUAUUCUGGAUCUGAUAUCAAAAAACUUUGCAAACAAGCAUGGAUUCAUCAGGUUACUCCAGUAAUCAAGAGUUUAGAGGAAAACCAAGUACUAUUAACGGAUGUUACUUAUGAAAUAACGUCUUUGAAAUAUUUGGAAAUGGCAGCGAGAAAUAUAUAUCCUGCAGUCGGGGAAAAAGAGAUAUCUGCAUUUUAUGACUGGCAAAAAAAUAGAAUAAGAGCCUAAAAUAAUUAUUCAAUCACAACAAACACUUAUACAAUCAACAGUUUUUUCUUUUUUCUUGAUUCCUUUUAGCUUGUUUCAAGCCUUGAUAAUAACCUGUAAAAAUUACCAGAAUCAAUCUCGUAAUAUCAGAAAUUCGAGAACAAAGUAUCUACCUGUAUGAAAACCACUGAUGUAUCAUGACAUUAGCAUACUCGAGAGUGCGUCCGCAUCAUUGUCUGGAAGUCUAAAAUAUUUAUCUGUUAAAUCAUCAUAUCCAUCUAAAAUGAUAAUUGUAAUAAUCAUAUGUUCUAUGCUGCCUGCUAAAAUUGAAUCCCUGGUAACAAAAAUUCGUGUAAUAAAUUAAUCCACGAAUUAUCGUCUACCUACUUAGUCAUUAAUUGCGGUGGCAAUGGAGGUGCAGGCGGCAUUGAAUCUAUUGCCGAAGCGAAAGACGGACCAGCCAUAAAGUUUUGCCUGUAUACUUUUGCGUCUUCUCCGUCGCAUUCCAAUUUUUCUCCAGUACAGCUUUUCGAACUUGCAGUUGCGAAAUUCGCAUCUUUUGUUUGCGCAAUUUUCCUGUUCUGUUUCUCUGCGAAGGCCUGUCCUUGCUGAACUAUCUGACUCGGUAUCAUGGGACUCUGAAAGAGAGCUCAACUUCACUUUCUUCGUGUUAUCGUAUCUUUACCAUUAAAAUCAUCCAUGUAGCACACUAUAGACGUUCAAUUUCAUACGUCUACUAAAAGACAAUCCCUACAAAAUUAUUACCUACAAAUUUUACAAUGUACGUUUCGCUGUUCUCUUGUAGAUUUUCGAUAUUACAGCUUCAUAAAUAUCCCCAUCUUCUGAAUAUCUCGCAUGUUAAGGUUCUCCUAUAAUCCAUUUUUGUUCGGGGAAAAUGUACGUUUAAGUCAAUGUAAUUGUUCAAAAAGGCCAUUGUUGUACAUUUUUAAUCGUUAUGGUAAUUGUAUUCAAAGAUUAUUUUCUAAUAAUUAGAUUAAACAAGUUUUUCAAACAAGAUUUCUUCUAGCAAAAAUGAAAGAAACUAAAAUAAACUAAAUUUUGUAGAGAAGACUAUGUAUAAAAGUCUGCACUCUAGCGAAAUAAAAAUUGUCCACGCCAAGACACAAUAGCCAUAAGUCCCUUUAUUCUUCUUUAUGGUAGUCAUUCUAUCAACUCUGUAAGAAAAUAUAAAUCUUCAUUUAGUUUAACAAUUAAGUAUUGGAUUUUUAUUUGAAAAUAAAUUACAGAACAAGUAAA